GUGUCCGUCAUUUCGUAAAGCAAAACAUACCCGCCCAGUGUCCCCUGGAUGAGGAGAGGACUGGAGUUUCAGCAGAAGAGAAUAGGGAAAUGAAGUUGUUAGACAGGCUAGCCCAGCAACUCUCCUUUUACAACUAGGCAGCUAGCAAGUUAGGUGACAGACGGUCACGAGAGGGAAGAUUUACAUGAAAUAUCACAGUUAUGAAGGUCGUUCGUUUGAGCAACUUGUAGCCACAAUUAGUAACUUACUCGUUUGCUAGCCACAGCAACAGAUCUCAAAUAACGUUGCAGACAGUUCAAAGUAGCGUUACACUGGAAAAAGAAAGUGGAGACAACUUGCUAGCCUGCUAGCUAACCUUUAGUCACCGAGCCUCCUUCAGCUUCAGAGAUAGAGUUCACUCGAGAUUGGUGUGGGAUUACCAGUCUUCAGCCAUGCCUUUUCCUUUUGGGAAGUCUCAGAAGAGUCCCGCUGAAAUAGUGAGGAGUUUGAAGGAGACUGUGGCAUACAUGGAAAAGCUGGAUGCUGGAGACAGCAAAAAGUGUGAAAAGGCUGCAGAGGAGGCAUCCAAAAAUCUGGCUUCACUGAAGGAGAUACUUAGUGGAACAGGUGACAAGGAGCCUCAGACAGAAGCAGUGGCUCAGCUAGCACAGGAACUGUACAACACCAACCUUCUUAUUGCCCUCAUUGCAAACCUGCAGAGGAUUGAUUUUGAGGGGAAGAAGGAUGUGGUUCAUUUGUUCAGCAAUAUUGUGAGACGUCAGAUUGGCACCCGUACUCCCACGGUAGAGUACAUCUCUACACACCCACAGAUCCUCUUUAUGCUUCUGAAAGGAUAUGAGAGUGCGGAAGUGGCUCUUAACUGUGGAAUGAUGCUAAGAGAAUGUCUGCGGCACGAGCCUUUGGCACGGACGGUGCUCUUCUCUGAAGAAUUCUACUGCUUCUUCCGUUACGUGGAGCUCUCAACCUUUGACAUCGCCUCAGAUGCUUUUGCCUCGUUCAAGGAUCUCCUCACAAGACACAAAAUUAUGUGCGCAGAUUUCCUGGAGAACAAUUAUGACAGGGUAUUUACAGAAUACGAGAAGCUGCUGCAUUCUGACAACUAUGUCACCAAACGACAGUCUUUGAAGCUCCUUGGGGAGCUUCUCCUGGAUAGACACAACUUCACUGUCAUGACAAAAUACAUCAGUCGGGCAGAGAACUUGAAGCUGAUGAUGAACAUGCUGAGAGACAACAGCCGAAACAUCCAGUUUGAAGCUUUCCAUGUCUUCAAGGUAUUUGUUGCAAACCCCAACAAGACUCAGCCUGUGCUGGACAUCCUGCUGAAGAACCAGGCCAAACUUGUGGAGUUCCUCAGCCACUUCCAGACCGACAGAUCAGAGGAUGAGCAGUUCUGUGAUGAGAAGAACUAUCUGAUUAAGCAGAUCCGGGACUUGAAGAGGCCCACUGCACCAGAGGAAGCUUAAGGUUGCAUGGAUGACCAAUCCACCAGGUGGUCAAAGUAUGGGUGGUGGCUGGAGCCUCACAGGGCUAAAAGAGAGUUAUUAAGAUUUAAUAUUAACUACAAAAUAUAGGAAAAAAGAAAAAGAUUGCUUCCUUCACUUUGUGGGUUGUUUUUUUGUGUGUGUGGAUGUGGAUGUGGAGGUGAUUUCCAUCCAGCAACUUGAGUGGGCCAAGAACUGUUAUUUAAACCAUAUUACUUCUUCUUUAAUAAGCAUAUAAUGAAGUGCAUCCUGUCCGUUCUUGUAACGUUGGGCCUUUAAACUGUUACCAUUCCUCAUGUUUUGUUGCUUAGACUUAAGAGAAACGUUACCCCAUUCACAGCCAACAUGAGCUCUGAGGUGUCAGAGGCGAGGUGUCUUUGUUUUGGAGAUUGAAAAACUGAGGACAAGUGAAUAUAUUAUUUUUCUAAUGUCUCUUCAUGGUAAAUACUUUAAAACAUACAGUAACUCUUUUCUCUCUGAACAUUGUUUAGUCUAACUAAUUGCAUAGCUGUGGUUUUUUGCCUUAUUAUAAGCUGUUGCGUUAUACAGGGACUUAAUUGAUCUUUAUGGCUUUUGGCAAUAUGGAUCAUAUCAGCCAGGUCAGCACAUAAUAACUUUUGGUGAUUAAUGUGUGAUUAUUAGGCCUUUGGCUGCAUGUGUGGAAUUACAGAGAUCAGAAAUGAUCCUGCAGUGCUGUACUUGCCAAAGCAUUAGCUUGGCACAGGAAGAGAAAAUCAAAACCACAGAGGAAUCAAUUAAUUGUGCUGUGAUUUUGAGGCUGCGCUAGUGAGGCUAACAUGACUGAAAUAGAAACAAGGCAUCAGAUAAUGCUGCAGGGUACCAGCCAUCCAUUCACCUCUAACAUGGGCAGUCAGGAUAUACCGAUUGAUCUCAGUUGGAGCACUCCAUUUCAUCCUCAUGUACUGAGCAGAGAUAGCAAUGAUUCAUUUAAAACAUUUAUGUAAGUAAGAAUUCAUGAGGAUUUAUACUACUUGACGUAUGCCAUCUUAGGCAUUUCUCCUUUACAGUAUAAGCAAAUAAUACUGCAGUUUACACAACGGUGUUAUGGAUGCAUCAUAAGUGUGUUACACUGUAAAUCUGUUAUGGUCAUAUCAGAGCAUGAUGUGUUAUUUAAAAUUGGGUAACAUGUUGACGAGACUUAAUUCUAACUUACAUAAUGAUUGUUUUUUCUUGAAGUUUUCCUCAUUUUGUUAUCAUUUGACACGUGUCGAACAUCUGAUAACUUCUAUUUGACUGCAAACUAACUGAAUCACCUUAAUCUUGUGUAAACAACAAAUACAAAAAGGUUUUAAAUGCCAUUUUCUUGUCUAACAUUCUCCUCUGACUUGAUUAUUGUAGUACAUUUUAACAGAACAGCCUGUAACAAGCCUGUGAUGCAUCAGAGAACACAUCCUGUCAGAUAAUAACCACAAGCACUGCUAAAACCGGAGUGAGCUUGUUUAGGAUGAUGAGCACUGAAUUUAUUGAAUUUCCUCACACUCACUGUUGAUUAGUUAUAUUUAUUUAAGACUUCUGCUAAAAUCAUUGCCUUACUUUACCAAUGAGAUGGCAUAUUGGGGACAACAAAUGUGUUGCCUGUUCGUACAGUCUUCUAGUAUACCUCAUGUGAUUUGAGUGCAAAUGCUGAGUUCUCUUUCCUUUCCUUCCUGGAUGAGAUAUUUUAUUUGACAGUUUAAAAAUACACAACAGUGGUUUGUAUGCACCAUAACUUGGUAUAUAUGUUCAGACUUGAACAGGGAGUGCGACUUGGUUUUCACAAUGGAAAACCAGAUUUUUUUAAACUGAAAUAUUUCAUUGGGUGGUGCCACACGAACGUUAAUUCAUAAUGAAUUGCAGUGUGGAAUCUUGUAAUGAAUGUUGCCUUAUUUAAAAACAUUUAGUGGAUUAUAAUGAUUAUGUAAAAAUUCAAGAUCUUUUUAAUUUGUUUUUAAAACCAAAGUCUGUAUGAAAAGGGUGAAAACAUACAUUUCAGUUCCCAAAUUCAUUACUAGCUAAUUUCUCAGAUCCACAUUUGGAGUAGUAUAGCUAUAUCACCAACUGUGUUGUGAUCCUGUGAGUGUAAAAUAUAUUUUAAAAGAGAUCAAUAGACUACACUCUGUAGUUUUUCAGUUUCACAAGGUCAACGCCAGGCCUCUGUGUAACUAGACAUGUAACAGAAAUCUGCUGUGAAUGUGCUUCAUUAAAUAGACUGAAGUCCUGCACAAAGUAACACUGUCAUGUGCUUAGUUAAUGAAAGAAAGUUUGAAAGUGCUCGAGUUUCUUUAAAAAUCCUGAUGAUAAUGCCUUUGUGAUCAUUUGGUGAGAAACACAAUUUUCCGCAACUAUAUUAAUGAAUUGGAUUUAACCCACAUAGACUAAAGUCAUUAUUGAUGUCUCCAUGAGCACAAACAAGCUGACGUUCCUGCCCCACGUCUGUCCUCUGUAAUGAUAUCUGAGACUGUUUGAAUGUUGUGUAACAAAGUGACAAAUACUCAUGGAAGAAAUGAUCUAAAACAUUGUUAAAUUUGGUGUCUAAUGGUGCACACAAACUUUCUUGAAAUUUGAGCCCACUCAUGCAGUGCACUUUGGAAGGCACUUGCUGUACACAGUCGCUCCAUUAGAGGGAGCUGUUGGCAACAAGUGGCACCUUUUAUUAGUUGUACAAACAAAGCAUUUCAUGUUUUACCAUACCUCUAAUUAUGACUAUGUAAAUCACUGGCAAUAUUAUAUAUACAUAAACACAAAUUCCUUAAGAUCAAUACUAUAUAUUUCAUGAUUUAGAGUUUGUUUGGUUUUUUUGUUUAUUUGUUGCGCUUUACUUUGUUGUCUGUCUCUUUUUUUUCCCCAACUUCCACACUCUGGAUAUUUUCUUUAUUUACCAAGGGAGCAAAUUAUGUGUACAUAACUUUAUAAAGGAUACAAGUGUGACAGCAUUCAUGAAAAUAAAACUUUAUGGCAAUUUG